GCUCAGGCUCUCUCUGUGCCUCCCUCCAAAGCUGUUGUUACGGUGCGGCUCCCGCACAUCAUUCCACUGCGAUGGAAAUUAAAUGAAGGUGGCUUAGCACAGCUAACAGAGACAUGCUUUGAAGGAUGUAACCGGGGGAAGCUGCGUUGCCAGAUCCUUUUCCAUGGGAUGUGGAUUUGUGCUGCUGAGGCGAGGACACAGCAAUCACUCAGCCAUGCAGAGGCUCAGAGAAAACGACUAAUCUCUACACCUGACUUCUGGAAGCCUUACUUUUAUUUUUCUUCCCCUUUGCGUUAUUUACUGGCGAAAAACAAUGCAUUACAAUGGUGCCGGAGUGAAGUUAAUUUUGCAUGUGUAGGUUGAUUGCAGUCUGCAGCACACAUGGAUGUGUUCAGCUUUGUCAAGAUGCCAAAGCUUUCCGGCCACAGGACCAAAUCCUCUGGUUGGCCGCCCCCGUCAGGGACCUGGAGUGCUUCCCAAGGACCCCCAAAUGGAUGGGACAUGGGCACCAUCAGAGAGGGGCGUGACUGCUACAUCAAUCACGUCUCCCAGAGUAACUCCCUGGAGGAAGUUUGUCUGGACGGAGACAAGUUUGUGCCCCCCGCGCCCCGGAAGGUUGAGAUGAGGCGGGACCCUGUGCUUGGCUUCGGAUUUGUGGCAGGAAGCGAGAAACCUGUGGUUGUCCGCUCAGUUACUCCAGGGGGUCCAUCUGAAGGCAAACUGAUCCCCGGGGACGAGAUCAUCAUGAUUAAUGAUGAGCCAGUCAGCUCAGCACCCAGGGAAAGGGUUAUCGACCUUGUCAGGAGCUGUAAAGAGUCCAUAGUGCUGACUGUUGUUCAACCAUACCCAUCACCCAAAUCUGCAUUCAUCAGCGCAGCAAAAAAGGCCAAGUUAAAGACAAAUCCUGUUAAAGUCCGCUUUGCUGAAGAGGUCAUCGUCAACGGACAGGUCCCAGAAACAGUAAAGGACAACUCCCUCCUUUUUAUGCCAAAUGUUUUGAAGGUAUACCUGGAAAAUGGCCAGACUAAAUCAUUUAGAUUUGACAGCAACACAUCCAUUAAGGACGUCAUUUUGACCCUGCAAGAAAAGCUAUCCAUUAAGUGCAUUGAGCACUUCUCUUUAAUGCUGGAGCAAAGAGCUGAAGGAUCUGCCAGCAAACUCAUGCUCCUGCAUGAGCAGGAGAUGCUAACUCAGGUGACACAGAGGCCCGGCUCACACAAGAUGAAGUGCUUCUUUCGGAUCACUUUUGUCCCAAAGGAUCCCGUGGACCUGCUAAGAAGAGAUGCAGUAGCCUUUGAGUACCUCUACGUUCAGAGCUGUAAUGAUGUGGUGUUGGAGAGAUUCGGGUCAGAACUGAAAUAUGACACAGCUCUUCGCCUGGCUGCCCUGCAAAUGUACAUUCUGACCAUCAAUACUAAGCAGUCUCAGAAAGUUUCCCUGAAGUAUAUUGAGAAGGAAUGGGGUCUGGCAUUAUUCCUGCCACCUGCAGUGUUGUCUAGCAUGAAAGAGAAGAAUAUCAAAAAAGCUCUCACCCACAUCUUGAAAACUAACCAAAACUUGGUGCCUCCUGGCAAAAAGCUGACUGCACUGCAGGCAAAGGUGCAUUAUCUGAAGUAUCUCAGUGAUUUGAGACUUUAUGGAGGCCGUGUUUUCAAAUCCACUCUGGUGCAAGGCGAGAAGCACACAGAAGUGACUUUGCUGGUGGGGCCUAAAUACGGCAUCAGUCAUGUGAUAAACACAAAAACAAAUCUGGUGGCUCUUCUGGCUGACUUCAGCCAUGUUAACCGCAUUGAGAUGUAUGCUGAAGAUGAUAACAGGGUUAGAGUGGACCUGCAUGUUCUGGACGUGAAGCCCAUCACUCUGUUAAUGGAAUCUGUUGAUGCAAUGAAUCUGGCCUGUUUGACUGCUGGCUACUACAGAUUACUCGUAGACUCUCGGCGCUCCAUCUUCAAUGUGGCCAAAAACACGGAAACAAGCCAUGCAGCUAAACCGAAACAAAACUACCAGGCAAUCGAGUGUGCUUACAGUAUACCUCACAAAGCAUGUGAGGACAGAAGUAACCAGAGGUGCAGCCAAGAUUACUUAGACCAGGAGUGUGAAUACCUUGACCACAGUAGAUGUGAAGUCCAGCCUGUGUAUGUGACAGAGAUUCACCAGCCUCAGCACUCUGUUCAUAUGGCAGAGAGAGCGGAGUGCUGCAGAGUUCCUUGCUCCCAGACUUAUCUCAACAUACCAAGGCCUAAACCACCGGAUUCAUCCAGAAAUGCAAAGGUUUCCUUCAUAUUUGGGGAACCCCCUCUGGACAGCGUGAACCCCCAAAACCUGGGUUACCAGAGACUGAUGGACGAAGGCCCAGAGAUUGCAGAUAAUUACAGCCACAUGUACAGGCGCCUUGAGGAGGAUUAUAAGAUGAUGGAUGCCAUAGAGGAGGGUUAUCCAUACUCUACCAAAAUCUUUGGUCCCACAGAGUGCAUCGAGGAGCCCCUGCUGCAUGACAUCUGCUAUGCAGAGACAACAGAUGACGCAGAAGAUGAGGAUGACAUCAGCUGUGAGGAAGAUUUGGUGAUGAGUGACAUUGAUAAGCCCACAUUGCUGACACUCUCAGGGUCCAGUGAUGACAUCAUUGACUUGACCUCCCUCCCUCCACCUCCAGAGGUUAAUGAUGAGGAGGACAACGACGUGCUUCUGCACUCCCUCAACAUGGCCAUUGCUGCUCCUCCUCCUGGUUUCAGGGACAGUUCUGAUGAGGAUGAACAGCAGGGGGCUGGGACUCGGGCCCAGGAGGCCUGCAAUGAUAUCCCCAUCUCUCUAAUAGACUCUGUUCCCACACACCGAGCGGAGGGUUCUGAGGAGCCUCUGGACGAUGCAGUGGUGUCCACCCUGCAGGCACUCGAGGCUCUGGCUGCUUCCGAAGAACAGAGUCCUGCACAGUCUGAGAGCAGCACAGGUGUACAAAUAUCACGAACGUUUAGCCCAGAGUCUUCCGAUUCUGGCAAUGAGACAAACUCCUCUGAGAUGACCGAGAGUUCAGAGUUAGCAGCUGCUCAGAGACAUUCAGAAAACCACCUGAGGAUGCAUGUAGCCAUGACAGAAGGAUACCGUGCCAUGAAUGAAGAAAAGGCAGAGGUUUGCACAACUAGUGAUGAGAAUCCAGAGGAAGCUAAAUCCUCGGCCGUUACCUCCUCUCAGAUUUUCCACUCAGAUGGCGGUGAGAUGGAACCAGAUACUAUGGAAAUCAAAUCAGUCAGUGAAUUCUUCACCAAGAUGCACAUGGGCUCCCUAAUGAGCAGACAGAGAGGGAGGCAGAGGGAGGCGGAGAGCAGUAUCCAAGGAGAUAGAUGCAGUUCCUCUGAAAAAUUUAACUCGACUUCUCUAGAUUCCGCUAAGGAGGAGCCCCCUCAUCUUGUAGGAAAGUACAACACUUUCACUGUAAGAGAUUCCUAUUACAUGAAUCAACUUGAUCUAGGGAGAACUCACUGCAAAGACAGGCAUCAAAAAUGGCAGCAGAGAGCACCGGGAAGCAAAAUGGCAGAGAAUCUUGCAUCAGAAUGUGCAAAUGACUCACAGGCUUCCCACGCAGACAGGCUGACAGCAAAGGGAGAGAACCAGGACUCAGAUGAAAGAAACCAACAGUUAAAUGCCCAUCUCAUCUCCCCAUCCAAAGGGCCCUUCCCCGCUGAGAGUGAUGCUACUUCACAGGACAAUAAGCAGAAACAGAUCAAGUUUUCGCAGUCAGAGCAGGAUGUCACACGGAUGUAUGAAUACCACGUUAGCAAGCGCAUGUCAUCAAUACAAAGUGAAGGCGUUCAUUCUUUGCAGAGCUCACAGUGCUCGUCAAUAGAUGCGGGUUGUAGCACUGGCAGCAGCAGUUGGGUCACUCCAAUGGACUCUCCCCUUUGUGCCACAGACAGUAUGCAUGUACUAUCAGAGUCUUCGCUAAAGGGGAUGAGCUAUGCAGCUGGGGCUGAGGAGAAGGCCUAUGGACCCACAGUGCAGGGGAAAGUGGGGCAUACAAUGGACCCCACCCUGAUGAGAAAAAUCCAUGCAGCUACCAGUGCUGAGCCAGGGUUUGGGAGCAGUCACAAAAUGCCCAAGAUAAAAGAAACCACAGCUUGCACACAGCUGAAGAAGACUGGGAAAGACUCAUCUUUAUCUCUCUGUAACGAGACCAGUACCACCUCCACCAUCAUAUCACCUUCAUCAUUACGAAGUAGCACGAAGUCUAGUGAGGUAACACUGGCCAGCCCUGAGCCUGACCCGUCAUCAUGUGACCCAACAAGAAGCCUCAGGAAGCCGCACAGGGUUCAGAUGCUCAGAAGGAGCUGGAGCACCUUAAUGCCAGGUUCCAGGAGCUUAGAAGCACUUAAGGAAAAGACAAAAGCCACGCUCACUGGAAAGACUAUAGGUCAGAAUUUGCAGUCCCAAGAUUCCCCAAAAGUGAAGAGGGCAUUCUCUGCCAAAACCCUACCCAAAAGCUUGUCCCAAGGUUCAGUCAGCUCCGAUUCAGCAGAGAGAAGGCCGAUAACCGGAGUCUUACUGUUGCAGUCAGAGUCAAUAGCUCCAAGGCCAGAUGGAACAUGGAGGUGUCACGGGCCAUUUAGUCACUGCUUCCUCAGGAGAAGGCCAAUUACUCAAGGUAGUUAUGAAGAUACAGAGAUGUCUUCACAAGUUCUGCUCUCAAGUAGCCCGACUUCAUCUAGUCGCAAGGAGAAAACAGUCCAGAAAGCAGGCCACAAGGCUGAAUGGACUGAUACAUCUAUGAACGAGAUGAGUCUCAAAGACAGACUCGCUCAUGUACACUCAAUGAAGGGAAAAACAUACAGCCUUCAUACAGGGUUUGCACUUGCACGGAAGGAUGCCUUAGAGAUGAUUAGCGUGUUGCACUGCAGUGUCAGACACAGGUCCAGCGGUGACAUACCUGAGAUGGGUGAGACCGACAUGGAGACGCUGUCCCAGCUUCUGCUGCUGCAGGCCAAAGUGCUGAACAGCGCCUGCAGUCAGAUGUCCACAGAGUACAGCAGCCCGGAGGAGCUACUGCUCACUCUGACGCACAGCUUCCAUACAUUGUGCUGCUUAGCGCAAGCCUGCAUGUCUCUGGCGGAGGUCCUGAACACCGAAAGCGAACGCAGGGAGGUGGUGGCCAAGGUGGACGAGGUCAUCAUAAACUACGUGUGUCUGCUAAAAGCUGCUGAGGGAGCUGCAGGAGGCUCUCCCGGUGACCAAAGUGUGAACACAUUGAUACAUUACUCUGCCACCAUGUCUGUUGUUAUAAACACGCUAACUAUCUCACUAAAUUCACUGCUCAACAAAAAAGCUGUUGCUGUGUUCUGAUUGUUGAUUUUUAAGCCAUACAUAAAAGACGUGGGUUUACCAACCAAUGUGAACUGCUGUGAAGAAAAUCUUGCCUUGUGUAUACAAUAUUUUAAUAUCUAAGGAAAAAAUUUAAUUAUAUCAAAUAAAGUUUUAAAGAGAUUAUAUCCAGACCCUAAUGAAGAGAAUAAUGACCCUUCCCUCGAGUAUAUUCUAAAAUAUUACAUAAGGAUUAUUUUAAUGAUUUAUUGAUUUCAUUAGGAGAUUAAGAUGUAAAUUAUUGCAACCUGAAAAGCACCUUCUUUUUAAUUGUAUAAAUAUGUAUUGUGUUGGAAAUGCAUACACUAUAUUUAGACAAUUCAUUGCACAGGACAAGAUAUUACAAAGUUAAAGAAAUACAUAAAAAUGUAUUUGCUGACUCACUUGAUUUGUUGACUAUUUUACACAUGAAUACUGAGUAAUUUCCUGUAUUUUUCUCAACAUCAUUAAAAAAAUGUAAACUUUUAAAAUCUUUCUCUCAAAUAAUUAUAGUUUAUUUAUGUUGUACACCACAUGCUGUCCUUUUUUGUCUGGCUAUAUUUUUCCUUAAGGCAGUCAUUUCUGACAUCUCUUGCAGUUAUUCGCCUUUCAUUAUUCAGUGAAACCUGAAUGAUGAAACCUUGUAUUUCAAACUGCAUUCUCAAUGAGGAAAGGUUUUUUAAACCCUAAGUUUAGAAACUCAGUUCAAUAAUUCACGAUUUUUGAAUUUGUUCAAGCCUGAGUGGUGGUAAAGCAUUUGCAUUAAUGAUGAUCAUGUUCUGUUUGAAUUUGCAUGAGUCCGUUGCAGAGAGAAAUGCAUGAGAUUUGAGAAAUAGGUAAACAAGUCGACAGCCAUGGUCAUAGUUUUGGAAGAUUCAGAACUAUGUUAUUAUUAAGUUAAACAAUAACAUAAAUAUAUGUCAGCUGUAACAAUCCUUUUUUGUCUGGCAGUUGUGGCUCACGUUUUGAAUUGAGGCUGAAUGGUUUAUUGUUGCUCUGCGAUGGAAUGGUGUGCCCUGCCCCUCGCCGGUUGACUGAUUUAGACAGGCAUAAGGCUCCUUCGCAACCCUGUAGAGAUAAGUGUGUUAGAUAAUGGAUAGAUGGUUUGGAUAGAUAUGGAUAGAUUUUUAUUACAGACUCAAGAGUCCAAAUUACAUAAAAAGAAAACAAAGACAAUAAAAGAAUUAAAAGUACAAUAAAAAAGAAAAAACGACUCCUAACCAUUCAGAAGGCGAUCAUACCAAUGUCUCCAGAGUACA